AGUCUUACAUAUCUUUAUAUGCUUUUCUUAGCUUCGGCUUCCCUUCUCACCUGCGCAUCUCGCUUCUAUCUGCAUCGUGCGGUGUUUGUUUUGUAGUUAAGCAAACUCCUUCCGAUGCAGGACGGUUAUUGCCUGCGUAUUCUCCUUUGUAUGAGAAGAGAAGGAAAAAAGAACCAUGAAAGCGGACGUCCAGAGUAGCCGUGUGCAAGUCUUGACGACUGUGAACACACUUUGAGUAAAGAACGAAAAGUCGAAACAAAGCAAAUGCAGUCUUCGGACGGUGCAAUUGAAGGAGACACCACGUGCUGGGACCGCAAUCGGGGAGAGAACUGACGUUUCAAAACAGCUCUCUUUCCUCAUGAUAGGCACUUGAAAUGGCAGAAUUGUUUGGCCACUGAAGGUAUAUAUAUUUUCCCACCUUUAGGAUGGUUCACUGCGAGCAUCCUCUCGUGCUUCCGGCCGUCUGCUCCGAAGCACUGACCGAGACAUCGUUGUCGGGACCCUUUCUUGGCGUGUCAAACGUUGUCACUCUUCCGUUGGAAAAGGUCGCGAAGAACUGUGUUGGAUUUUGGAACUUCAGGGUGCAACGUGUUCCGCCACUUAUCACGAUGCAUUUUGUUUUUUCUGAGGAGUGAUUUUUCUUCUCGCCUUUCUCUCUCUUUUUCAUUUACUUGUCGCAUUACUUGCAUUCGCCCUAUUUUCUUGCCUUCGUUUGUUUUGCAAAUUCGAACGUGCACUUACGCUUUGCAUGUACUCCGUUUCCUGGUGUGAAUAUCAAGUCAAAAAACAAUAAAUGAGCCGAAAGCUGACACACACACACACAGACAGACAGACAGCAACACCUUCUCUUCUCGUUCUCUCUUUUUUUUUCUUUUGCAACAUCAAACACAAACACACACGCACACACAAAGAUAUACAUGUAAACAAAACGUUAUAAUUUAAUCUGCUUUCAAAACUCACUUUCGUGUCACGUCGGCUCGAAGACAACGUAAACAGCAAAAAAAAGGAAGAGUGAAAGAGAGAAGGAAAAUAUUGCUCUAAUUUAUUUCGGUAACUAAUUGCACUCCGCUGAGCUUUCCCCCCCUCACGCAUUUUAAUUCUCGAAGGAUGCGUCGAUCCGUGCAACUAUUUUUUAAGGUCGCCGUCCUCGGUGCCAGCGGUGCGGUUGGGCAGCCGCUCUGCCUCGCCCUCGUGCAGAACCGCAAGGUCAGUGAGCUGCGCCUCUACGACAUCGUCUCCCCACUCGGCGACGCGACUGAUCUUUCGCAUAUUCCCCGCAAGGUGAAGGUAACGGGCCACCUCCCCAAAGGCAUUCACCGGGCUCUGGAGGACGCCGAUCUCGUGCUGAUCUCCGCGGGCAUUCCUCGCUCUCCGGGCAUGUUUCGCGAGGACCUCUUCAACGCGAAUCGGCACGUCAUACAGGAUCUGUCGAAAGAGGUGGCGAAGUACGCGCCGCGCGCCGUCAUCGGUAUCAUCAGCGAUCCUCUGAACAGCAUGGUGGCGGUGGCGGCAGAGACGCUGCGGCAGGCGGGGACCUAUGACCCACGCAAGCUGUUCGGCAUCUCGUCCCUUGACACGAUGCGGGCCCAGUCGAUGUUGGCGGACUUCACCGGCAAUGACCCGGAACAGCUGCACAUCCCCGUGCUGGGCGGCCACAGUGGGCAAACCAUCGUCCCCUUGUUUUCGCAGUCUGGGGUUCCAUUGACGAGGGAGGAGGCCGAGUAUUUGACGCAUCGGGUGCGGCGCGGCGGGGAUGUCGUGGUGAAUGCGAAGGGCGGGCGCGGGUCGUCGUCGCUGUCCGCUGCGUAUGCGGUCGCGGACUGGGCGGACUGCGUGAUGCGCGCCCUCGACGGCGAAGAGGGUCUCGUGCGGUCCAGCAUGGUCGAAAGCCCUCUUGUCCCGGAAACGACCCGCUUCUUUGCCAGUCCGGUGGAGUUCGGAAAGCACGGAGUGCAGCGCGUGUUGCCUCUGCCGCCGCUGAACGAGUACGAGGAGGAGCAGCUCGAUCGCUGCUUGGCAGACCUGGAGAAGAACAUCCGAAAGGGACUUCAAUUCGUCACCAGCAAACCUUCCGAAUGA